CUAAAAUUCGUUAGAAGUGGUUUGUUUCCGCAAUGUCUUCAGACGAAGAAUUUUUCAGUUCUCUCAAGAAAAAGAGGAAAAUAAGUGAAAGGAGUUGCAGUGAUGUUGUAAGCAGCGAAGAGGACACCUCUUGUGAUCAUCAGACACCAGAAACAUCGUGUACAAAACGUUCUGCGCAUUCAAGAAGUUCAGAGAGAAUAAGAAACAAAAAAAAGUUUGCCAUGCCUAAAAAGGAUGACAUCUGGAAAGACAUUCCUUCGACAGAGAAGAUAAAAUCAAUAACUCCACCGAAAAGUGUCAACGACUUCACCAAAGUAACAAAUAGGUAUAAUGCUGAUCGAUAUGAGAUAUUUGAAGAUGGUUAUUAUGACAGUGAUGACAUUGAUGAAUUCAUUAAUGAUGAAGACGAGAGUGAUGAAGAAUCAGAUGAAACACCACACCCAAGUCGAAUUAAAGGAUACAGAAGAAGAUUACUUCCAAAGAACAGUGACUCUGAUUCCGAAGAAAGUGAUUCUUGUCAGCCAUUACAGAAUGAUUCAGCUGAUGAAGGAAGUUUAGGUAAAGGAAGUUCAAAGGUGACUGAAGACAAUGGUUCAAGGUCAAAUUCACCAUUGUCUGGCUUGAAAUUGAAGAAGACCAAGUAUAAAAGCAAUGUGAUAGAAUCUAGUGAUUCUGACACAGAAGUGGAAGAAAAUGACAAUGACAACAAAUCUCCCCAGAAUGAGAGCUGUCACAACUUGGGUGCCACUGCAAAUUCUAACAACAGUCCAUCCAGUUCAAUUGCAUCAGUAGAGCAGCAAUCAAAUUCAGAUGUUAAAGCAGUUGAGCACACAGACUCAGGAGCAGAAGUGGUUAUUACUGAGAGUGAUGAGGAACUUUCUGUUUAUUGUGCUUCUGUAGAGAAAGUUCAAGGCAGCAUUGUUGUUUCCAGUGAAUCAAGUGAAAGUGAAAGUAGUUCAGGGUGUGAAAGUGAGGCUGAGAGUGGCGGCUCAGGGAGUGAAACAGAGGAGGAACUUCAAAAGCAUGAUAGAGCUUACAGACAAAGGCAGCAAAAACAGAAAAAAUUCGAGGAAUUUAAACAAUUAAGAAAAAACAGACAGUUGUCAUCGUCAAAAUAGAAUAUAUGCAUGUACCAGCAGCCAGAGAGAUAUUUGUAAUGUAUAAUUAUGUAUUUUUUUGUUAGUAUCAACAUUGAUCAAAUCAUCAGAUAUAAAAAAAAUUCAAGUUCUCAAAUUGUGUUCAAAUACAUGCAUAAUGGCAAUAUUAACCAUGUUUAUAUUUCACUGUAUUUGUUUUCUAUUAAUUGGUAUUCAUACAUGAAGCAGUAGUGAGUGUACAUGUAUUCAAGCACACUAUGUUUUUGUUUAUAUUUGUUCAAACUUGCCUGUCUUAUGACAAGUGCAUGUUUUUUAAUGAAUUUGUUGAUAUAUGUUUAUACAAGUUUAUUUAUAAAACGAAUUUAGAUAUGUAUUGAUAAUACAUGUACUAGUAUUGGGAGGAUUUGCACCCCAGCACCACACUAAGUAGACAGGCAUAGCCUUUAUCCAUCCAUAGACAACAAAAUGUAAUUGAAAAAGGCUGUUGCUAAAGAGAAACUUGACCCUCUUGAGGUUAUGCUAUUUCCUAUAACGUUUAAAGAAGUAUAACACACUUAAUAUACGGUUUCGCCAGUACAAUAUACUAGCGCUUAUGCAUUUAUCAGACAUUUUCAAUAUUAUACAAUAUUAAGUUAUGCAAAGAAAUGCAACAUAUAUAACCAUUCAGUCAGUUAUCUUACACGACAUCAUUAAAAUAUCUUCAGGUGUUGUUAGGGAUGUAUAGGAAAUUGUUUGCAAUAAAAUGUUGGAUAUUUGA